CAUGAGGGGCGGAAUGGGACGGCCCAAACCGCCCCAGUGCUCCCAGUUCCCCACCAGUGUCCGGCUCCGGUGCCUGCCCCCCCCCCCGCGCCUCGUGCCCUUUGAUCCGUCCCGGUCAGGCGCCUCAGCGGCGCCGGGGGCGUGGCCUGGGAGAGGGGGGCGUGGCAAGCGAGGGUAUAAAAGGCGACGCCUGCGGCGGCUGCCCCCCCAUUCCAGUCAGCAGCAGCCAGUGCAGACCAUGGAGGCGGACACCGAAUCCUCCCCCCACGACCUGGAGCUGUCGGCGCUGGAAGCGGAGAAGGAGCCGAUGGCAGCGUCCGGCGAGGCCCAGGCCGCCCCCCCCGAGGCGGAGCCAGGCCCCCCCGGUGGGGAGAAGAACGGCCUGGUGAAGGUGCCCGAGGAACUGGGGAUCCCCAUUGAAUCGGGGGGCUCCAAGUUCACGGGGCUGGGGAAGGAGGAGCUGCUGCGGGCGGCCGGGACCCCCCCCUGGGCCAAGGCCAGAGCCAUCCUCCUGCUGCUCUUCUGGCUGGGCUGGCUGGGGAUGUUGGGGGCCGCAGCCGCCAUCGUGGCCAGAGCCCCCCGCUGCCGGCCUCUGCCCCCCCGCUCGUGGUGGGAGAUGGGGGCUCUCUACCGGGCACCCCCCACUGCUUUCGCUGGAGACCUGAAAGGUGUGGCCUCGAGACUGGAGCACGUGGCCGGGCUGCAGGUAAAGGGGCUGGUGCUGGGGCCGCUGCACCCCCAAAGCUCUGGGGCCCCCCAGGACACCCCAUUGGGGCAGCUGGACCCGGAGCUGGGCUCCCUGCUGGACUUCACCCACCUCCUGCAGGCCGCCAAGAAGAAGGGGAUCCAGGUGAUCUUGGAUUUGACCCCCAACUACUUGGGGGGCUCGGCUUGGUUUGGGCCUGCAGUGGCUGAGGACCCCGGCUUCCAGGAUAAGGUCAAGCGAGCAAUGAGCGUGUGGCUGGAGCGCGGCGUCGCCGGCUUCUUCCUGGAUGGCAUCGAGGAGCUGAAGCCCUCAGUGUUGGCCGAGUGGCGGAACCUGACGGAGCAGAGCAGCCCUGAGGGCAUCCCCAGGGUGCUGGUUGGGGGCACACGACUGCAGGACCCCCCCUCGCUGCUGGCACUGCUCAACUCCUCUGCUGUGGGGCUGGUGCUUGGGCCCUUCCUGGAGCCGCUGCUGUCCAAAGGCCUCGGCCCCACAUUGGCCCCACAACUGCUGGAGUUCCUGGCCCCCCAAACCCCCCUGGCCUGGAGCGUGGGGUCCCCAUGGCAGCACCUUGUGGGGCUGAGCCCCCUCCGUGCCCCCCAACUCCUGCUCCUGCUCUGGACCCUGCCUGGAACCCCUGUGCUCAGCUAUGGGGACGAGGUGGGGCUGAUGGAUGAUGAUCAGGGGUGGCUCCCUGGCACCCCCCAACCUGGCCAGCUGACCGCGAUGCCCUGGGACCUGAUCGAGGGGAUCCAGAAGGGCGACAACAGCACCGAGGCCCAGCUGCUGGAGCUCUGCCGCCGUUUGGCUGCGCUGCGGGCUCAGGAGCGGUCCCUGUCCCUCGGGGAUGCUGAGGCCAUUCCCGCAGGAUCCGCAGCCGCUUUCCUGCGGAUCUGGGAUCAGAGCAAACGCUUCCUGGUGGUGCUGAACCCUGGGGAGCAGCCCAUGGAUGAGGUGACCCUGCGGGACCCACGUCUGCCCCCCCAGGCUACCCUGCAGCUCAGCACCCACCACCCGCCGCCCCCAGAGCCUCACGUCGAUCUGGGGGCUCUCAAACUGCGGCCCUUUGAGGGGCUGCUGCUCAGCUUCCCGUCCCCCCCGUAGUGCCUGUGCUGCCCCAUAGCGUCUGUGGGGCAGGAGCAAUGUGUGUGUGUGUGUCCCUUUCCACUCCCAGCACCCAUAAGUGGAGCGACCCCAUCCCAGCUGCACCCAUAGCACCCAUCAGAGCCUGGGGGGAGCACACAACACCUUUAUGUGGCCUUACCCCCCCAUCCCCAGCACCCAUUUAUUCCCCUCUGUGUCUCAUUUUGGGGCUCCUUCCUUCUCCUGGGGCUUUUGGGGUCCCUUUCUCCCCCCAUACACUCCCUUAUGGUGGGACCCUUGGCAGUGUUGGGGUGCUAGGCUUGGGGGGGGUCCCCUCUUGUCCCUAAAGAGGUGCUUGGGGUGCUUCCUGUGCCCACAGUAUUGAUUAAAUGAGCUGCAUUUGUGCCUUUGA